GGGAACCAGAGCAGCAGCGGCGGCGGCAUGUCUGCGCGGCUGGCGAUGCUGCCGUUGGCGGAUGGCGGCGCGGUGGAUUCUGCUGCCGCUGGUAAGGGCCGAGGAGGGGCGGAGGGGACGUGGUAUAACCCGAAUCUGAUGCAGAUGGCGGAGACUCUGGGGACGGUGAUGAUGACGGGGGGCGCGACGGAGGGGUUGCCUGUUGCGUACAACUCGUGCGUCCUGGCGCUCAUCGAGGGCUUCUACCGCCUCACGCGGGAGUUGCGCGCCACGGAGAAGGAGCUCGCCGAGCUGAAGAUUUCGCGCGAGAUGGAGCUCGAGCAGUUCCGCGGCAUGACCGAGGAGUGGGUCGAGAAGAGCGAGGCCUACAGGGCGGAGAUCAAGCGCCUCGAGCUGCUGCUGGCUAAAGAGAGUAAAGACGGCGUAGCGUGCGUCGCCCUGGCACGGCAGGGAAGCCUCGUCGACCGGGCCGGGAGCAAGCGAUUCCAAGCCAACCUGAAGCGGAUCAGCAACUCGGAGGAACAAGACGUCGUCAAAGAGAAAGGUUGCGCUCGAUCUGGGGUGGAACCGGUUGGCGGACCAGCACAAGCUACGACGAGUUACAAAACGCCAGGUGAUACUCCUCGGAUCCUCGACACUCAGAAUGAUAUCUUGGUGAGCAGAAUUCUGGAAGAGCGCGAGAUGCAAGAACAACGUGCCCGCCAACGGUUGGGUCGACCCCGGGCUGCACCGGUUCUUAUUCGUCUACAAGGGGACCAAGAACCUCGCAACGUACGCAAAGAAGACGUUGUCAGAGGUCAAGAGCGUCGUGGAUCAACGACGAAUACGGUUGCUCAUGAGGAAGCAGAGGGAAUGGACCCGAGCAGACACGGUGUCGCCCCGCCCGACGACACGCGCCAACGCAGACCGCAGCUGCGAGUGACUACGAACUUGGGACUUUCAACCGACAACGAGUCAACGUCCUCUGAGUCGGAUAGUAGCCCGCAGAUGCUGCCGGCGGGUGUUGGUUUCGGAGCGCAGUCGACACAUAUUGACAAGGAGAAAGAUGGCGCCUCACGAGCGGAAGAGGGGAGGUUUCCUCUUUUGGCCACCAACGAGGUUACGUACCAAGAUCCUCGGAUGCCUGUUGUUCAAGAACAAGGAUACGAGCGAGUGCAGUAUUUCAGUGCCACUAUUCUGUCACCGCAGCCGCCGGCGGAGUCCCGCGCUGGCCCUCCGCAGGCGACCGUAGCCCAGGUGCCAGCAGCGCUCAAGGAGCUUGGGGAUCGCAAAGCCAGGACCAAGCAUAAGCGGCCCUCCUUCUUGAAAGGCGGGACUCUCUCACUUCACCAACCUUCACGGAAGCAGCAUCGGAGAGGGUAUUCAUUCGAGAAAGGCGACGACGAGGUCUUGUCUGUCGCCCCGUCCCCGACAUGGGAGCCGGAAUCCUACAUCACGGGCGCCAAAUCACCCAGCGAAGAAGGGACCGGUGAAGCAGACCAGUAUCAGGCGGUCAUGCCUGGGUCGGCGCAAGGUGCCGUGACCCAGCAAAGCACCACCGACAUGUCGACGACGGCUGCGUCCUUCACGAGUCCUGGCUCCGGUUCGGUGACGCAUUCUACUUCUACUGGAACAAUCAAGUGGGUUGGGAACGGCAAUGAGGACGGCAACGUGGACGGUGGUAACGCUAAAGCGGGGGACAUCACUGACUGCUACCCUGGUCAUAACGAUGUUUAAGUCUGGGCUAUGGAACGGUUGCGGUUCGACAGAGGCAGUUGUCCUGGUUAGGCCAGGCCACGCCCAACCGCCUGUGGUGAGUUGAGAAUUAGGUAUUACUGGCAACCAAGCACCGAGGAACUGCUGCUGUAGUGAUCUUCUGUACUCUGUCUGAGCUCGUCUGCCAGUUAGUUUAGUUUCGUGGCGUGGCUCGGGGUCUUGAGGAGGUUGCUCGUGCCCUGACAGCUUCUGGAACACAUGAGUUCAGCGGUUUCGGUGCCGGCU